AUGGCAUUGGAAGAGGCUGUUGUUUCGUUUGUGAUUGAAAGGCUUGGAGACCUGCUAAUUAAUGAAGCCAAGUUCUUGUAUGGAGUCAAAGGUCAAGUCAAGAAUGCAAAGAUCAAGCUGCAAUGUAUGAGGGCUUUCUUAAAAGACGCUGAUGCUUCUGUAAGAAAUGGUGAUGAGAGGGUUUGCCUUUUGGUUGUCCAAAUCAGAGAAAAUUCUUACACCUUGGAGGAUGUUAUUGCAACUUACGUCUUCAGAGUGGCUUCUAAUAACGAGAGUGUUGGAGCUAUCAGACGUGUACUGAAAUGGUCAGCUAGCAUUAUUGAUGUCUAUAAAGUUGGAUCAGAGAUUGAGAGGAUCUCAUCAAACAUUGAUACUUGGACAUCAGAAUUAGAAAAAUAUGGAGUACAGAGAUCAAUGGAGAAGGCAGCUGAAACUUCUUCAAGUUAUGUCCAGGAGCGAAGACAGUUGAGGCAAGCUUAUUCUCAUGUUGAAGACAACCAUGUUGUUGGAUUCGACAAAGACAUCGAAGAGUUGGUAGCCCUUUUGACUGAACAAAAUAACCCUCAUAAGCCUUAUAAGGUGAUCUCUGUGUAUGGGAUGGGUGGUUUGGGGAAGACCACUCUUGCAAGAAAGGUAUAUCAACAUCCCCAAGUCAGGACUCACUUUGAUUGUUGUGCUUGGGCCUCAAUAUCUCAGCAAUGUAAUACACGCGCUGUCUUGGAAGGAAUUUUAUUAGCUUUCACUUCUACAAACAAGGAAAGAAGAGAAGAAAUCAGAAUCACAAGUAAAGAUGAAUUAGCCAAGCAGCUUCACAACUUUCAGAAACAGAAGAAAUGUCUGGUGCUCCUUGAUGAUAUAUGGACCACUAAAACUUGGGAUCUUCUAAAAUAUGCAUUCCCUCAAGGAGACACAGAUAGCAAGAUCUUACUCACCACUCGGAAUAAAGAUGUAGCUGAGCAUGUGGAUCGACAUGGUUUCAUCCAUGAACCUCAUUUGCUCGAUGACAAGGAGAGUUGGGAGCUGUUUCAGAACAAGUACUCCUCUGCUGGAAUGGAAUCAACGGAUUCAAACUCGGAUGAUAAUGAAAGGAAGAAAGAUCUAGCGGUUGAGAUGCUUAAAAAGUGCGCUGGUUUGCCAUUAGCCAUCAUCGUGCUCGCUGGGCUUCUGUCUAAGAAGCACACCAUAUAUGAGUGGGAGCAGAUGAAAAGAAACAUUGUGCGCUGCAUAGGUCAAGGUGAACAACAUGAAGACUCAAAAUACCGUAGUGUUUGGUGGGUGUUAGGUUUGAGUUACAGUGAGUUACCAUGUCACUUGAAGCCUUGUUUUUUGUACUUGUCUCGCUACGCUGAAGAUGCCACCAUAAGAGUAAAAGAGUUAUGCCUUGUACUCAUAGCAGAAGGUUUUAUAUCAUUAAGAGGAAGUUGUAUGGUAACCAUGGAGGAUGUGGCAUAUGAUUACUUAAGUGAGUUGGUGGAGAGGAGCAUGAUUCAGGUAAAUGAAACGAGUUUAACAGGAAGGAUAAAAUCAUUUGGCAUUCAUGAUCUCAUGCGAGACUUGUGCAUGUCUAAAUCUCGAGAUGAAAACUUUCUACAUUUUAUGGAUUUGAGGACAAUUGAAUCAGUGUCUACUGUCCCGAUAACAAAUGUACGAAGACUUGCCAUUUAUUGUGAUCGUGAAAGUACUGAUAAUGAUUUUGUUCAUAUGGUUCGAAAUAUAGAUGGCUCUCUUAGGUACCUUUCUGUACAUGAGCGACGCAUUGCGUUCGAAGAAGGAGUAUUCAGACAUGUCUGCAAUCGCUUUCUGAUGCUUAGAGUUCUGAUCAUUGAUGACAUGCCGGAUUUUGAACAUACCACCACGUUGCCUAAAGAAAUUGGAAAUCUUAUCCACCUAAGGCUAUUUAUUACGCCUAAUAGCCAAAUAAAAAUGAUUCCUUCUUAUUUUGGGAAUUGGAGAUGCCUGCAAACUUUGAGAGUACGGACCGAUAGUGAUAAAAUACCAAAUUCAAUGUGCAAGUUGGAACAGUUGAGGCAUCUAUAUUUUUUAAAUCAUUCUACUGGCGUAGGAAUUGGUGAAUUCUUGAGGUCAACUAAGUCUAGAAAUUUAUUACAGACAUUGGUAGGUAUUGGUACCAAGCAUCUUGUUCUGAGUGAUUUGCUACAGCUGGAGAAUCUCAAGAAAUUAGCAAUUGUUGUGGAUGGAAAUUUUGACUCAUUCUUACACAAUCCCCAAACUCUCACAUUCACUCGUCUUUUGUCUUUACAAUUAAGAGUAACUGCUCUUGAUAAUGACGUCAAGAUAGAUAUUGUUCCUUUGAUUUUAAGCUGUCCUCAAAUUUAUAAGCUUAAACUGGACUCGCCUAUAGUAAGAUUACCACAAGUCAACCAAUUCUCCCCAAAUCUUAUCAAGGGAUUGAGGAGAGUUCCAGAUGGAUUAAGAAGCAUUUCUACACUCAAACAUAUGGAGAUAUCAUGGAUGCCUUGGAAAUUCAAAGAAAGGAUGGAGGAAGGAGGAGAGGAUUUCUAUAAAGUCAAGCACGUCCCAUCUCGUGUGUUUAUCAAGUGUGAUACAGGUACAUCUCUAUCUAUCUAUCUUGUUCACAAAUUGGGUGUAAUGGUAUCGUCUAUGCACUAUACAAUCAAAUCAACAUUUGGAGGAUUCGUUUACCAAGAAGGGUCAUUGGAUGUUCUUGUGGAUUAUGGAGUUGAUGCUUUAGCUGAUAAGGAGAGGCUAGAGAUGUAUGUAGUGAUGGUUUCCAUGUACAUGUGA